UUCUCUUCCUUGUUUCUUCACCAAACAAAUUAUUGUGGCAAACAUCCUCAGUGGAUGAGGAAUAUCCAGUAUGUAUAAUGUCACCUGUACAGGCCACAUACACUAUAACCAAUUGUACAUUAAGAGUCACCACCAUAAAAACUGGAAACCAAAAUCAUGAAAAUUACACGUAGAAAUUGGAACUUAUACCAAUUAAUCCCAAAGUAUUAACAUGAACUUGGUGAGUGAUUUUGAACUUUAUUCAUUGUCAAUCUUUUAUAUCCACAAGUUUAAUCAAUUAUCUUCGUAGACCUCCUUUUUCAUCCAAUAGCUGUGUUUUAUCUGUUCUGAUUAUGUCAGCUGCCAUACUGAAUUUGAAUAAAGAAAAAUUAAUGAUACGUAAGAGGAGGGGGGGGGGGAAUGGGGUAAUAGUGUGUGUUGCAUUUAGUUCCAUAGAUUGAUGCCUAUCAUUUUCCAAGUUCCCUGAUGUUUGUGAGUCUUGGCAAAUGAUUGUGGAGCUUAAUUUGGUUUUUCUAUUUGUAUAGCAGAUUCGCAAUGUCUUGGAUCUCAUGCGUAGGGGUGAAAGCUUGCGAUUUGAGGAUGUUAUGAUUCUUGACCAAUCAGUUUUGCUUGGAGCAGCUGACAUGUAUGAUAGGCAUAGGGAUAUGCGGCUUGACGUUGAUAACAUGUCUUAUGAGGAGUUGCUGGCUUUGGAAGAGCGCAUUGGGAAUGUCAGUACUGGAUUGAGCGAAGAAACUAUAGUAAACAACUUAAAACAGCAGAAAUACUCUGUUGCUGUUGGAGCGAAGGUGGAGGCUGAACCAUGCUGCAUUUGCCAGGAGGAAUACAAUGAUGGAGAAGAUCUUGGAACGCUGGACUGCGGACAUGAUUUCCACGUGGAGUGUGUUAAGCAGUGGCUGAUGCACAAGAAUUGGUGCCCCAUCUGCAAAACAACAGGACUUGCUACAUGAGAAAGGGUAAAGAUGUUAAGGCCAUUACACACGGUUGGUACACGGUUGUACGCUGAAAACGUGAGAGGCGUGGCCCUGGAAAUUAUCUCAUAUUUUGGUUACUGGAUGGUGAGCGCUGCCAUACACCACCUAUUCUGGUUGCCCUCAUUGUCUUGGCAAGUCAGGAGUCAUUUUUUCAAAAAAAGAAAAAACACAAAUAAAGAAAGAAAACAUAAUGCUAGUGGAUGUUGCAACUGUCAAAAGAAGUGGGGACGCAGAAGUGGGAUUCCAAAUUUAUUUAUCAUUGAAAGUUGGUGGAUGCCGCAACUUUCAAAAGAAGUGGGAAUUGCAAAAACUGGUUUCAUACAUUUUAUUUAUCGUUGAACGAGUAGUUUAUGAUAUCAAUUGAAUAUUCAACUGCCUUAUUUUUAUUUUAUUUUUCUGUUUCAAGUACUGACCUCUUAUAUUUGCAAUUCUGGAGUUUUUGGAGAA